AUGCCUGAAGACAAUGAUUUAAAACGGGAACUCGACGGUCUAGAAAUGGUCCAUCAGCAAUGCAAAACGCAAACUGGUGUGAAAGAUGAAGACUUAGAAAAAGCAAGACAAGAAGGCGUAGGUAGCGAUCAAAUAGGAGACUAUGUCUUAUGUGUGGCAAAAAAGACCGGAUUGUUAACUGAAGAUAACAGGGUCAACAAAGAUAUAAUAAAAGAACGUUUUGGGAAGAGAGAUCCACAAGUAGUUGACGAUAUUCUCAAUAACUGUAUUAAUGAUGAGGAGGUGACCAAAACAGAAGUUCUAAAGAUAAUUAGUUGUAUUAUGGAGACUACUAAGGGUUCUAAGAAACCGCAAUAAUAAGUGGUGCAUAAGGUGGUUUAUAAUAUCUGUUAAAAUAAAUUGUGUUUAAUUUAUUAG